AUGCCUAAACAGUUUGUUCGUUCUGCAAAGAACAUGGUGAAGGGCUACUCGUCCACCCAAGUGCUCGUGAGAGAUGCUACGGCGAAUGACUCGAGGACACCGUCGAUAGACACUCUUGACGAUUUGGCGCAGAGGUCCUACGAUUCGGUGGACUUCUUCGAGAUUAUGGACAUGCUGGACAAGAGGUUGAACGAUAAGGGCAAGUAUUGGAGACAUGUGGCCAAGUCGCUCACCGUUUUAGAUUAUCUUGUGCGAUUCGGCAGUGAGAACUGUGUGCUUUGGUGCAGGGAGAAUUUUUAUGUAAUUAAGACGUUGAGGGAGUUCAGACACGAAAAUGAGUCCGGAUUCGAUGAAGGACAAAUAAUUCGGGUAAAAGCUAAGGAACUGGUCUCUUUGCUGAAUGAUGAUGAGAGAUUGCGCGAGGAAAGGUCUAUGAAUACUAGAAACAGAGGGGCCAAUAAGGCACCGAGGCCAGGUCCGAGAAGACAAAGGACAGGAAGUAACCCUCGUGACUCUUCUCCUUCCUACCAGGAUGAAUUGGAGAAAGUUCUGGAGGAGAGUAGGAUUACCGCUCAAGAGGACGAACAGCGUAGAAGGGAGUUGGCCCAAUACGAUGAUGAAGAUCCUGAUUUCCAAGCUGCUUUACAGUUGAGCAAAGAAGAAGAAGAGUUGAAACAACUCCAGGAACUGCAAAGAUUACAAAAGCAGCAGCAGCCUCUCUCCCAAAUGCCGGUUCCUGUACAACAACAACAACAACAACAACAACAACAAUUACCAGCGUACUAUGAUAUUUUUGGUAACCCGAUAUCUCAAGAUGAAUACCUGGAGUAUCAGUACCAGCAAGACCAAGAGCAGGCGAUGGCGCAGCAAAAAUGGUUGGACCAGCAGCAAGAACAGCAGCAGCUGGCUGAACAGCAGUAUUUCCAACAGCAACAACAAGCUGCUGCGAGUGCUGCCGCCUUACAACAGCAACAAACUGCCGCUAAUAUGCAGCAACAACCUGCAAAUUUCCAGCAACCUCAACCCACGGGCUCCAAUAACCCAUUUUCCAUGGACAAUCUGGAAAGACAAAAGCAGGAACAACAACACGCGCAAUUACAGAGACAACAGGAAGAAGCUAGGCAACAACAGGAAGCGCUGAAGCUACAACAGCAGCAGAGACUACAGCAAGAAGAAGCCCAAUUGCAACAGAAAAGGCAACAACAACAGCAACAACAGCAGGCACAGUUGCAACAACAGCAACAACAGCAACAGCAACAACAACAACAACAACAGGCCCAAUUGCAACAACAACAACUACUACAACAACAACAACUACUACUGCAACAACAACAACAACAACAGCAACCUUUGGAACAAACCAGAACAGGCAAUCAAUCUAUAUCUGAUAAAUACAACGACUUGAAUGUGUUGCUAGCAACUGGUACAGGUUUAGAUACUUUUGGUAACACUGGAGAAGCACGUAUUCCUGCUCAACACACUAAAACGGGCACUUUCAUAAAUUCUCAAGGUACAGGGUACAAACAGGUUACUAGCGAACCCAAAAAUAACCCGUUCUUAAGCAAUCAAUACACCGGUUUGCCAAGCACAAAUAUCGUGCCCACACAGACAGGUUACGGGUUCGGUAAUCAGCCACAAAAUCCUGCCGUCAACUCCCCUCCACAAAACUCCACCAAUAUAAACUACUCUCAACCACAGCAGCAACCACAGUAUACCCAGAACUACCAACAGCAACCUCAAUAUGCUGAAAUUCCCCAGCAACAGCAGCAAACACAACAACCACAAUACACUCAAAAUUACCAGCAAGGCUCCUCCCAGCCACAACAACCACAACAACAGGGAUAUACACCGGACCAAGGAAUAAGCUUAAUUGACCUUUGA